GUUCCGGUGAUUUUUUUGAGUGUAAUGCGUAUAUAUUAUGACGUAUAGGUGUACACACUCGCAUCGUUUAGAUUUCCAAGGCCCGACCCUUUAUUGUCUCCUCACCGCCCCCGCAACGUACACGGUCAAUUUUAGUCGUCCGUCGCUGCUGUAGCGUCUCUCUUGUUUAUUAAUUUUUUCCCGAUAGAUUUUUCUCAAAACACUCAAUCGUUAUCCUGUGCGAGAAUUUUUACACGAUGGACACGGCAGUGCGUCUAUGUACUCUAUAGUACAUUAGUUAGAACUUCUCGUAAAUCUCGUAAACCGCGCGUAAUCGUUCCGCCAGGUCGAUCGUUUUUUCGUAGUUUUUUAUCGCAUAAAGCGCCAAACGGGUGGUACGCGAGUGUAGUGAAAGUCUAAUAUCCGUCGUCCUCCAAUCGAUAUGAGUCUAUGAUAUAUCUUUUAUCUAUGUCGUAAUGCUGUGAUGUGUGACAGAUAGCAACAAUGGCGGUGGGCACGUAUUACUGAAGCCCACCCCCACCACAACCUGGAGCCCUUAACCCAGGCAUCGCUGGUGCUCACCAUGGCGGUCGCCAUCAUCCUCCUUAAUAUCCUCAUAAUCGCUACGUUCACCAACAUAAGAGGUGGAGGAGAGGUGAUGAAUGUAUACUUGGUGUCACUGGCUCUGGCCGACCUGCUCUACGGUGUGCUCGUAGUGCCAUUUUCCGUAUAUCCAGCACUCGUGCAACAAUGGGUUUAUGGGAAAAUUGCUUGUAGAAUAAUCGGAUACAUCGAAGUCGCACUGUGGACCGUGUCUGCAUACACACUUAUGUGGAUUAGUGUGGACAGGUACAUAGCGGUACGCAAACCAGUCCGGUACUUUACGGUACAGACGCGCACAAGGUGUCAGUGCUGGAUGGCGUUCACGUGGAUAUCGUCGGCAAUGCUGUGUAGCCCACCGCUUCUCGAGUUCGGUGAUCCGGUAUUCGACCAGGACACGGCAGUGUGCAUGCUCGACUGGCAGGGCAUGGCGGCGUACUCGGUGACGCUGUCCAUACUGGUGCUGGGGCCCAGUCUGAUCACAAUUCUGUACACGUACGUGUAUAUUUACGGUGCGAUCAGGCGGCUGCGGCGCGGUUUUCUAGCACAUGACAAGGAAUACGUAACAGCGUUGUCUGAAAACUUGUCCAAUCCUACACACGUCACGUCAUUCGUGUUAAUCGUAACGUUUUGGAUUUGUUGGACACCAUUGAUGUCCAUCAAAGCAUACCAGCAACUAGGUGGUGUACCGGCGGUCCCCGGCCAUGUCCGUUUCGCUGCCCUGUGGCUGGGCAUAUCCAACUCGGUAUGGAAGGCGUUUGUGCUCAUAUUUCUUAGCCCGCAGUUCCGCGUCAUGCUCAGAUUGUUGUGUUUGACGGUAUUUUGCAAACGGAAAAGUCGCGCAGAACUUGAGCUACUACAACUCGACAUGGAAGAUCACUUCCUCUAAGUUAAGUAUUAUGUUGAUGUUUUUUUUUUUAAUAAUCAUUAUUGUUGAACUUUGUUUUUGUUAUUAAUCGAAUGUUCUUCCCGAGAACAAUCAUUCGUCCAUUUGUUUACGUUUUAUUCAGAUAAAAAAAUUGUUUCAAACGAAAUCUAAUUUAUUAAAAUUGUCGUUGGUUGUAUGCCCCGAACUCAUGGAGAUAUCCAUGGAUUAGGAGAAUUUUUAAUAAUUUUAGUGUGCCGAUAGAGCCA